UGAUAUAUAUAUUACAGCCUGUCUCACCAGGAAGACAUCUCAUUACGUUGACAGCAGGCUCCAAACAAACCUUCCGUCUUCCUCUGCGCGGUGGAAACAUGUGUGAGGGCCUCCUGGACAAGCUCCAUGUGUGGUUCAGCCGGGCGCUCCUCGGAGCCUUGUCCCUGCUCUUCCAGCUGUUCUCCCCUCGGAGACCGGCGGUGUCCGGGAAGAAGCUCCCGGCCGUCAGCAACCCGCUGCUGCUCCUGUCGGCGACGCAGCUCGCCAAGAAGAUCCGGCGUAAAGAGGUGUCAAGUGUUGAGGUGGUUCAGGCUUACAUAGACAGGAUCCAGGAAGUCAACCCUCUUGUGAACGCUGUCGUAAAAGACAGGUUCGAUGCUGCCCUCCAGGAAGCGGCUCAGGUUGACAAGCUGAUCGAGCAGGAAACUGGUGGAGAGGAGGUGCUGGAGGACCGACUGCCUUUACUGGGAGUCCCACUCUCUGUCAAAGAGUCUUACUGCCUCCAGGGCAUGCCCAACACUACAGGUGUGGUCUCCAGACGAGGAAUCGUGUCCACCGUCGACGCUCCACCGCUGGUCCAGCUGAAGAGAGCGGGGGCCAUCCCGCUGGGCGUCACCAACACGCCUGAGCUGUGUAUGUGGUGGGAGACCCACAACCACCUCUACGGCAUCACCAACAACCCGUACGACCUGGAGAGGAUGGUCGGAGGAAGUUCAGGUGGGGAGGGCAGUAUACUUGGAGCAGCGGGCUCGGUCAUCGGCGUGGGCUCGGACAUCGGCGGCAGCAUCCGUAUGCCGUGUUUCUUCAACGGAGUAUUUGGCCAUAAAACCACUGCUGGUGUCAUCACCUGUGAGAACCAGUACCCUCCUGCCUCUGGCAGGGACAAGGAGUACCUCAGCCUUGGUCCCAUGUGCCGCUACUCUGAGGACCUGUUGCCCAUGCUCAAGAUCAUGGCAGAACCCAACACUCACAUGUUGUCCUUAAACACUAAGGUCGACCUAAAGAAGCUGCGGUUCUUCACCGUCCCUGACGAUGGCGGCUCUCCUUCCACGUACCCCGUCGCCAGAGAGCUGGUUGAGAUUCAGAGCAAGGUGGUGGAGCGUCUGGAGGCCGACCUCGGAGUGAAAGUCCAAGAAGUGCGUUUCCCUGAGCUCCGCUACGGCUUCAGGAUCUGGGACACCUACUUGGGUCUUCCUGACGAUGAGGGCAAGCCUCCGAAGCCGUUUGCUGAGCUGAUGGGGGAACCAGGACGACCCGCAUGGCCUCUGUGGGAGCUGCUGAAAUGGAUGGUGGGAAAAUCAGAUCAUACGAUUCCUGCUAUCGUUAUGGGCCUGCACGAUAUGUUCCGCGUGUUCAAGCCCUCGCCCUACAUCAUAAAGCAGAAGGAGAAGCUGCAGAAGGAUGUGGAGGAGCUGCUGGGGACCGACGGUGUUUUUCUCUACCCGUCGCACCCGAGAGUGGCUCCCAAACACCACCACACAAUCUUCAGACCCACAGACUUUGCCUACACAGCUAUAAUCAACACCCUCGGCCUGCCGGUCACGCAGUGCCCUCUGGGUCUGGGUGAGGAAGGCCUCCCACUGGGCGUGCAGGUCGUUGCUGGGAAGCUGCAGGACCACCUGACCCUCGAGGUGGCUCUUUACCUGGAAAAGACGUUCGGAGGGUGGAGGGACCCCGGAGCCAACUAAAAAAAAAAGAAAACCUCACAUGCUAACAGCCGUCACCAAAUCUCCAGAGUGGAGCUGGUUGAAUUGAUGUCUGUCAGACUGACACACUGUCUGCCUCGCUGCUUUCUGUAGUACACAAAUACCAAGAGGUACAAUCCGAUCGCUGAAUGUGGAAGAGAUUGAUUGUUGCACUAAAGACGAGUCGGCUGUUCCAGUAGGUGCUAGUCAUGAUUUUAUCAUUUAGGUUCGGUGACUGUUACGUCGUGAGAACAUUUAAAAAGAAGGUUGACUUUUAGAUUUGUGGAAAUAGCUUUAAUCGAGCAUUCACAUUAUCACACAAACAAGGCUGUUUAGUUACCUUUUGUAGAACUUGGACAAUUCAUUCUUUUAAUUCUGUUUUUUUUAAUGACUGGUGCCUGUAAAGUUACGUGUGUAUUACUAACAGUCGACCUACUGUUGCUGUUUUUGUCGCUCUACAUGAGAAGUACAAGGUUUUAAAUGUCCUGCGCGCACACACA